AUGGCUGCCGGCGAGAGACUGGACCGAGCGUGGCUGCCGGCGGCGGGUGGGCCGGUGUUGCGUGGCAGCCGGGCGCAGGCGGAGGGGUUGGCGGGCGGCCUGGUGGAGCGCGGCAGCUGGCUAGUGGCGGAUCUCGUGCCUCCGUCCACUGCUGUCGAUCUGCAGGCGCCGCUUGAUGAUAUGACCGGGUUACCAUUGAUUAUGUGCCCGACUUGCAAGGAUGUGUGGGUGUUUACUGGUACUACCACGAAGUCUCAGUAUAAUAUUGGAAAGAGGUUUUUCAAGUGCCCCCGGCAAGGCUAUGGAAAUGGGAGAUGUUCCAGCUAUUGGUUCGAGGAGGAAUAUGUGGUGUACCUUGAGGAUCAUGGUUAUCUACUUCCAGCUUCCUCGACCAUUGCAGCUGCUUCGACAACAGAAGUUCCUAAGCUGGUGGGAAAAAUUGAUAGCUUGGAACAAAAUCUGAACGAGGUGAAGGAAAUGGUUGGCAAGAAUAGGGAAGGCUUGGGAAGUUGCAUUUGUCUUGUGUGUGGAUGUGUGAAUGUAACAAUAUUCGUGGUGUUGGCCAUUGGCUUGGUUGUAGCUGUAUUGAAGUAG